AUGAGUUACAGCACGCCCUCUGAACACGAUUUGUACCGCAGCACCACUACCACCUCCGAGCCAGACCCAGGGUCAACCAUGGACAAGGCUCUACCAGAAACUGCUACCGUAAGCCCUGAAACCACCAGCUUUAACAGCACCAAAAUUCCAGACAUGGUCAGCAGUGGGCCCGGCCUGAGCACAAUGCUCCUCUCAUUUGGAAUCAUUACUAUGAUUGGGUUGGCUGUAGCAAUGGUUCUCUAUAUCAGGAAGAGGAAGAGGUUAGAGAAGCUGCGGCACCAGCUCAUGCCCAUGUACAAUUUCGACCCCACGGAAGAACAGGACGAGCUGGAACAAGAGCUGCUGGAGCAUGGAAGAGAUGCUGCAUCUUCCCAGGCCACCCAGAGCAAGAUCCUCCUGACAAGCCAGGGAACUGUCCAGAGACCCAGCCGUCUUGUGUUCACAGAUGUCGCUAACGCUAUCAAUGCAUGA